CGCGCGCGGCGGAGAGGGGCGGAGGGGCGGGGGGACAUCCCGCGUGCUCCCGCCCGCCCGCCCCCCGGCGCACGCUCCCUCCCUCCGUCUCUCCUUCCCUCCGUCCCUCCCUCUCUCCUCCACUCACUCACUCAAUCACUCGCACCCCGGCACCGCGGCGGCGGCAGAGAGCCCGCCAGGUAGAGGGGAGAGGCGGUUUGCGGAGCGGCCGCCCGAGGCCGAAGGGGAAGCGCUGGGCUCCGGGGGAUCCGACGAGCCGCGCCGCGCCGUCCCCGUGCGAGCUGCGAGCGCCCGGGGGCAGCGCCGAUGCUGCCGCCGCCGUGGUGAGUCGCGGCGCGGUGCCCUAUCGCCCGCCGCCCGCCUGAACCAUGGUGAUCAUGUCAGAGUACGCCUCAGUGCCGGCUCCCAGCGCAGCCCAACCCCGGCCCCUGCGGGUCGGCUUCUACGAUAUCGAGAGGACCCUGGGGAAAGGCAACUUCGCCGUGGUGAAGCUGGCCCGCCACAGGGUGACCAAGACGCAGGUCGCGAUAAAAAUAAUAGACAAAACAAGGUUAGACCCCAGCAAUCUGGAGAAGAUUUAUAGAGAAGUGCAGAUAAUGAAGCUUUUAAAUCACCCCCACAUUAUCAAGCUCUAUCAGGUUAUGGAGACAAAGGAUAUGCUUUACAUUGUUACUGAGUUUGCUAAGAAUGGAGAAAUGUUUGAUCAUCUGACCUCCAAUGGGCACUUGAGCGAAAGCGAAGCGCGGAAGAAGUUCUGGCAGAUUCUUUCAGCAGUGGAAUACUGUCACAGCCACCACAUAGUGCACAGGGAUCUCAAAACAGAGAACCUUCUGCUAGAUGCUAACAUGAAUAUCAAGUUAGCAGACUUUGGCUUUGGAAACUUCUACAAGUCAGGAGAGCCACUCUCCACUUGGUGUGGAAGCCCACCCUAUGCAGCUCCAGAAGUUUUUGAAGGCAAGGAGUAUGAAGGACCUCACCUUGAUAUAUGGAGCCUUGGAGUGGUGCUCUAUGUCCUUGUCUGUGGUUCUCUGCCUUUUGAUGGACCCAAUUUACCAACUCUGAGGCAAAGAGUGCUGGAGGGGCGGUUCCGCAUCCCAUACUUCAUGUCUGAAGACUGUGAAACACUAAUCCGACGGAUGUUAGUCGUAGACCCAACAAAGCGAAUAACCAUUUCCCAAAUAAAGCAGCACAAGUGGAUGCAAGCUGACCCAUCUCUUCGACAGCAACAAUCCCUGUCCUUCUCCAUGCAAAACUAUAACUCCAACCUGGGUGACUACAAUGAGCAGGUCCUUGGGAUCAUGCAGACUCUUGGCAUUGACAGGCAGAGAACUGUUGAGUCUUUACAGAACAGCAGCUACAACCACUUUGCUGCCAUUUAUUACCUGCUCUUGGAGCGCCUCAAGGAGUAUCGGAGCAGCCAGCUAUCGAGUCGUCCAGCAACUGGCUGUCAGCAAAGGCCGAGAAGUUCCGAGAUCAGCAAUGCUGAGAUGCCUCAGGACAGUCUCACUAGUGAAACCCUGCGAUCAUCUCUGCUUUACCAGCAACCUCAGAGUCUGAUUCAACCAUCUUUGCAGGCAGAAAUUGACUGUGAUGUGAAUAAUCCAUUACAGCCUGUAUUUUUUCCUGUGGAUCCCAACUUCAACGGGCUCUUUCGAAAUCGCUCCAUCUCCCCCAGCAGCCUUCUGGAGACCACCAUUAGUGAAGAAGUAAGGCAAGAGAAGGAGCUGGAAGAUGAAAUCAAGGCAUACGACCACCCCAUCCGCAUCCCUAGCAACACCAGCCGGAGGCAUACGCUGGCCGAAGUCACUCACUUCUAUCAGCAUGCCCCUCCAUGUAUAGUCAUUUCCUCCUCAGCAAGCCCCACAGAGGGAACUAGUUCAGACAGCUGCCUUACUUCAUCUUCAAAUGACAGCUCAGUGGCCCUGAGCAGCUGUUUGGCAGGUCAAGUAAUGACAGGGAGCCCAGCCACAGCUAGGAUGACAUCACCCUUCCUAGCUUCUCAGUCUGACGCUCCGGUGUUACAAGCCCAGGGCUGCAUGGGAGGUGCUUCUCUCCUGCCUGUCAGCUUCCAAGAAGGAAGACGAGCAUCUGAUACCUCAUUAACUCAAGGCUUGAAGGCUUUUAGGCAGCAGCUGCGGAAGAACGCUCGAGCCAAAGGGUUUCUCGGCUUGAAUAAAAUCAAAGGCUUUGCUCGGCAGGUGUGUCAGUCCUCCUCAUCUCGGGCAGCAAGGAGUGCCAUGAGCCCUUUCCAACACGCACAGCCGAACACCUGCAUCUACAGCAGCAGUGGGAGCAACAGAGAGGGAAGAAACCUUCUGGAAGAAGUACUACAACAGCAGAGAAUACUCCAGCUUCAGCAUCACCAGCUACUCCAGCCAGCUUGUCCCCAGACAUCUCAAACAUCUGCGACAAAUGGCCUCCCCCCAUCUGAUAGCGCAGGUACCUGCAAAGCCUCCAAUUCUCUUCUGCUGUCAGAGCUACAAAGAGAGAACUCAUUUGAGCUGGCCUUUGGUGGCAACAGCCAACUGCUCCAACCUCAUUUCUUUGGUGUCAGCGUGUCACCAGUGUCCUCAGCAGCUCACCUCCUAGACACUCACCUGUAUAUCAGCAGCAACGUCUCUCCGGUUGGCACCACCUUCUCUCAGCAACAGAGUUUCUCUGCUCAGUCUCCGAGUUAUGAUGCUGUUGCUUUGCAGCAUGGGGAUUGUGAGAUGGAGGACUUGACUUCCAACCAGCUAGGGAAGUUUGUCCUGGUCAAAUGAGAGCUCUGGCUGCUACAGCUCACGCUGCUCUUUUUAAAAAGAACUUGCACCACUGUUCCAUGGCAUGCAUAGGUCCGUGGCUGGCUGGUGUUGUGUGGAUGAGUGACUCUCAGAAGCAAUAAAUUUUGAAGUAUGUGAAGAGGCUGUCUGGCUCCGAAAGCUAGCAACUUUAUAGAACUGAAACAAGCAAUAUGUAUGUCUUUUUGCUUCUACUAUUCUUGCACUGAACAAAUACGAAUAGAAA